UGUGUGACAUCUUGGUGACAUCGUGACAACACGAACACGUCAAAAUUCUUGAAAAAUGGCUGACUCCGGGCCGAGUAAAAGCGAUAUUGAAGCAAUAUUUUUACGGCUACGUUCAAUUCCUGCAAAUAAAGUAUGUUUCGACUGCAACGCGAAGAACCCUACGUGGUCGUCGGUGACGUACGGAGUAUUCAUCUGCCUGGACUGCUCGGCUGUCCACCGCAGUCUCGGGGUGCACCUGACGUUCGUGCGUUCCACGCAGCUGGACACCAACUGGACGUGGAAGCAGCUGCGGAACAUGCAGCUGGGCGGCAAUGUCAAUGCGACACAGUUCUUCCGCACUCACGGACUGGUGACAGAUGAUGCACGGCAGAAGUACAGUUCACGUGUUGCUCAGAUGUACAAAGACAAGCUGAGCACCAUGUCUGAGCAGGCUAUGAAGACUUAUGGAACAAAGUUGCACCUGGACCCGGCACCCGCUGAAGUGAAGGAAGCCAAGGAGCAGGAGGUAGACUGGUUUGCGGAGCAUGGAAAGCCCACUAACACUAAUGAAACUGCAGAGCAGGUGCCGGCGGGCGGCCAGAGCCUGAGCUCGGAGGCGCGGCUGUGGGGCGCCCCGCACUCGGCCCCGCACUCGGCCCCGCACUCGGCCCCGCACUCGGCCCCGCACGCGGCCCCGCACGCGCGCCGCCCCGGGGCGGGCGCGCGGCGCGGCGGGCUGGGCGCCACCAAGGUGGCCGCCAACUUCGACGACAUCGAGCGCGAGGCCCUCCUGGCCGAGAAGCUGAAGACGGAGGUGCGGGAGGCGCAGGGCGCGGCCGGCCUCGAGGCGGUGGAGCGGGAGGUGGCGGCGCUGCGCCUGGCGUACCGGCCCGCGCGCCGCCAGGACGAGCGCCUCGGCAUCGCCGCCGCCAGCCGCGCCAGCGCCGCGCGCGUGUCGCACUCGGCGGCGGCCGACAUGACGGCCAUCGAGCAGGAGGGCGCGGCGCCGGCCCGCGCGCCCGCCGACCUGGACGACUUCGGCAGCGUGCUCGUGAUGAUCAGGAGCGAGCCGUACGGCGGCGGCCGCGGCCUCGAGGCGCUGCUGAGCGAGGCGCCGGGCCGCGCGCUGACCAGCUCGUGGGAGAACAUCGAGCCUGAGCCCACGCGCCUCGUGCGCACCAUGUUCAGCGAGGAGCGCCCCGCGCGCGCGCGCGCCCGCCGCGCCGACGACGACGACGACUCCGCCGUGCGGAAGUUCGGCGCCGCCAAGUCCAUCAGCUCCGCGCAGUUCUUCGGCGAGCAGGAGCGGCGCGAGCGCAGCGCGGAGCUGGCUCGUUUCGCGGGUAGCAGCGGCAUCUCGUCGGCCGAGCUGUUCGCGGGCGAGCGGCCCGCGCGCGCGCCCGGCCUCGGCGUGGCGGCGCCCGACCUGGACGACGUGCGCGAGUCCGUGCGCGCGGGCGUGUCGCGCGUGGCGGGCCGCCUGUCGUCGCUGGCCAACGGCGUGGUGUCCUCCAUCCAGGAGCGCUACGGCUACUGAGGGCGCGCGGCGGCCGGGCCGUGCUGCGGCGGAGCCGAACCAUCCGCUCACUGCAUUGGGAUCAUCUGCCCCGUCGAGCGGUUCGUUCGCUACUACGCGAAUUCAUUUCACAAAAACCUUCAAACCCUCAAAUAGUUUUGUUCAUUUAAAAAACAUUCAAUGGUAAGAGAGCCUAAUAGAACCACUUGAAUUUGUUGAAAAUUGACAUCGUUAUAUUUUAAACAUCUCUCGAGUAAAAUGAGUCCAAAUAAUAAACAUAUAUUGAACAAACAUGCAUAAUAAUCACAAACAAACAUUCGCCAAUAAGGGUGAUUGUGCGCUCGCAAGCAAUUCGAACAUGAAAUACGGUUAUGGCAGUCUCAAUUAAACCAUGUCAAAGUGCAUACGUUUUAUUUUCUUUAAUAGCUAAAAUCAGACUUAUUACAUGAACAUAGAAACGUUAUUGUUUGGGAAAAACUAAAUAAUUGGCUUUAAAACUAGCUUUUUAUACUUUGAGAUGCUUCACGGAGACACAAAUGUCGAAAUUACGUUACAUUACGUUGAGACACUUUAUAGACAACUUUAUGCCACUGUCAAUUUUUGAAGAUAUAUAUACUUAAUCCUAACUAUUUUUAGGUGUUAUUCGUUGUGUUGGAUAUUGUUUUAUUAUAGUAUUGUAUCACCAGGCAAUAACUAACGUUAUGAAAAAAUAUUUAAGGUUUGAAAGUUUUUGUCAAAUUGAUUCCCGUAAUAGUAGUAUAGUCGCUGAACGGUUGCUUGUGUGACUGCUCUAUUUUUUACCGGUCUUAUAAUAUAAACAAUCUUUUCAUUAGUUUACAGUUCGUCAUUGACAUUGAGGGUUGGAAGUAUAAAGUAUUUUAAAAAAAUAAAAAUAUAAUUGUUUUCAUAUAAAUAAAAACGUAAAUAAAGAUUUUCACUGUGUAUGUUUUUCUUAAACAUACUUUAUACUAAAAGAGUUGCGAAAAGAUAUUUUACUUUAUAAGACAAGUAGUGAAAUGCAUUUAUGCGGAACCGCUCUGUGGCGCGGUGACGUGGCCGACGUUCGUCGGGCGAGGCAGAGCAUCGGAAGUCGCGUUACGUAAAAGGAACGCAGACUGGCUGAAUGCGCAAUGGAACUUGGAAGUGCGACGGGCUGGUGAUUUUAUUUAUAGACACUAAGAUAAUUUACGAGAGAAACUGUCUUUCUAAUGUUUUUAUAUAUUAAUAUGUAUCAGUGAGGUGAACAAGACUAAGACGCGCUUUUCGGCCGCCUGUGACGUCAUCUAUAUAUAACAAUUAUUACACCCAUAUUUUUUAUGAUAUGCUUAUACAAUAACUUUUUUUAAUUAGUUCUCUAUUCGUUAGUAUUCAAUGAAAUAUUAAAAACUUUAAGUAUGAUUGAGCAGCCGUUUUCUGAACAGCUUUCAAUCAUUUUCAAUAGGGUGACGUUAUUAUGACAACAAAUCGAAAAGUCUUUAUUCGAGUCGAAUAACGCUUCAUAUUUGCUAGUAAAAUAUGCCAUUUUACAGGCCUUAUGAUACGUUUAUAUAUAUUUUUCCCGUUAAUUGUGAGGUGAUAAUGAGAGCCACAUAUUCCGUUAACUUCAAAAUAAAGUUGUGAAAGUAAAUUAUUAUCAUUUUAUUGAAUGGCCGAGGUCGGCUCAGCUAAAGGCUUGCUGUUGGCCGUUCGCAUGCCGAGGCGCAUCAUGGCGAAUGUUAUAAACUAAUAUUGGACGCACUCAAUAUCGCAUGGUUACACUACAUACAACAUUCAUUAUUUCUAUUUAUACCGAAAUUCAUUAUGAAUAAGAAAUUAGACUAAAAAAUAUUGACUCGAUUGAAUAUAUAUUAAUUACUUGUUUUUCGGGAAUAAGUCAUACGGCGAGAGGUAAUAACAUCUUGCUGAACACACCACAAU